AUGGGAGCAAGCAAUGCCAGUGACUUGAGCGAAUUCUUCCUUGUGGGCCUCACCAAUGAGCUUCAGCUUCAGCCCAUCCUCCUUGCCCUCUUCUUCCUCAUCUAUGCAGUCACAGUAGUUGGAAGCCUGGGCCUCCUUGUUCUCAUUGUGGUGAGCUCCCGACUCCACACUCCCAUGUAUUUCUUCUUCAGCAACCUGUCCUUUAUUGAUUUCUGUUAUUCUUCCAUCACCACAAGCUGCUUUGUGAUCUUUGCUGUCACUGAGUUCUUCCUCUUGGCCUCCAUGGCCUAUGACCACUAUGUGGCCAUCUGCAGCCCUCUGCUCUACCGUAUCCUCAUGUCCACAAGGUUCUAUUUGCAGCUAGUGGCUGCCAGCUAUGCAGUGGGCCUAAUGAACACAGUGGUCCUCACUAGCACAACCUUUCAUCUGACCUUCUGUAAGUCCCAUGUCAUCACUCAUUACUCCUGUGAUAUUUCUCCCCUUUUAAAACUCUCCUGCUCUGACACACAGGUCCUUCAGCUUCUCCUGUUUGUUUGUGGUGGUUUUAAUGUGUCUGUGUCCCUGACAGUAGUCCUGGUCUCCUACACAUGUGUCUUCAUGGCUAUUAUAAGAAUCCCCUCAGCCCAGGGCAAACACAAGACAUUCUCCUCUUGUGCAUCCCACCUGACUGAUGUCAGUUUGUACUGUGGAACCACGGUAUUCGUUUACUUGUGCCCAACCUCUGAGUACUUACUAGGCAGGGAAAGGCUGGUCUCUGUAUUUUACACAGUGGUCAUCCCCAUGCUCAACCCCAUGAUCUACAGUCUGAGGAACAAAGAUGUGAAGGAAACAGUUGGGAAUGUUCUCAAGAAGACCUCACAAUUCUUCCCCCUCCCCAUACCCAGAUUUCCAUGA